CUUGAGGAGUUGAUAUUUGUGUUGUUUUUUAAUGGAGCAUUUGGGUCAGAAUGGUUUGAUCUCUGAGCUUGAAAAUGGAGUCACUUUGUGCUGUGAUGAACAGUGUUCUGAGAAAGAAAUAGUUACAACUUCCAUUCAGUAUGCUGUCAAAGUGUUGUUGAUGGGUUUAGGAGAAGAUAUCAACAGAGAAGGCAUUAGAAAAACACCACUUCGUGUUGCCAAGGCCCUUUGUGAAGGAACCAGAGGUUAUGUUAAAAGUGUUAAGGAAAUUGUGGAAGGUGCAUUAUUCCCUGAAGGCGGAGUAGAAAAGAACAAAGUUGGUGAUGCAGGAGGAGUAGGUGGACUUGUGAUUGUGAGAGACCUUGACUUUUACUCCUACUGUGAGUCUUGCAUGCUACCAUUCUAUUUCAAGUGUCAUGUGGGCUAUGUCCCUUCUGCUCAAAGAGUUCUCGGUUUAAGCAAACUCUCUCGUGUCACCGAUGUCUUUGCAAAACGUCUCCAAGAGCCUCAGCGUCUUGCAAAUCAGGUCUGUUCCGCUUUGCAUGAAGGAAUACAACCCACAGGCGUUGCUGUUCUGCUUCAAUGCAAACACAUUCCCUUUCCAGACAUGGAAUCAAAUUCUCUUCACUCAAACCACAAAGGGGUCCUGGGAAUACUCGUUUCUUCAGGCUCUGGUGUUUUUCAAAACAAAGAUGCAAACUUGUGGACUGACUUUUUCGGUCUCCUUAACUUUAGGGGCAUUGACAAGGACAAAAUUAUUGAUAAGGGGUCAUUGGACCACUGUUGGUGUCCUUCUUUGUCUUCUAAAGUUUCACCAAAGAAUCAAGAAAUGAACCCUGCUAUGGUCACUGCAGUAGUUUCAAUUCUCAAGUCUUUAGGUGAGGAUCCAACUAGGAAGGAAUUACAAGGGACUCCUGCUAGAUAUACCAAGUGGCUGAUGAACUUCCAAUGUAGUAGCAUUGAGAGGGCGCUGAAUGGUUCGCUUGGGAAUGGUGCUUUGAACACUAAUGGGGUUGUAGGUUUUGAUGAAAAGAUACACUCAGAGCUGAACUUGCCUUUCUUGUCACAGUGUGAACAUCAUUUGCUUCCAUUUUAUGGUGUUGUUCACAUAGGAUACUACAUUUCCAAAGGGUUUCAUCCCAUUGAGAAAAGGCUCUUGCAGUCAAUAGUGCACUUUUAUGGUAUUAAGCUGCAGGUUCAAGAAAGGGUGACCAAGCAGAUCGCAGAAACGGUUUCUGCAUUGAUAGGUGAAAAUGUGAUAGUAGUGGUGGAAGCAAGUCACACCUGUAUGAUUUCUCGGGGAAUUGAGAAGUUCGGUAGUAAUACUGCUACCAUUGCUGCAUUGGGACGCUUUUCGACUGACCUUGCUACAAAAACCGCAUUCUUAGAGAGUAUUCCAAAUGAUACAUAAAUCUCUCUAAGAUAGUUGAUGAUUGUCUAGCUCACACUCUGAAGGGUUUCUCAGUUGUUCAUUUUUCAUCAUUAUAUAUAUAUAUAUAUAUUUAAGGUUUCACCAUUAUCGUUGUCGUUGUAAUAAUGUCGAUCGUGUUCAGUAUGAUGUGGGAAUAUUAAAAGUCCAAAUAAGAAUUGAAAUUUA